AUGAUCCUAUCUGAGGAGCGCAUUCUCCUGUUGCAAGAUCCAGUACCUGACGAUUUGAACGAUUGGCCCGAUUUCACCCUGACUGACGCAAAAAUACGGGUUGCUGGAAGCUCGAACUACGCCAAUCUGCUCGAAGCCAACCCCGGUUAUCCGCUCUCUGUGACUGGCAGAUUAUCUCGCUUGGAUAACCAGCGAGCGAAGCUCGUUAUACAUCCCAGAUACACCCAGGUUCAGCUCAGGAUUGAUAAUUGUACCCAGUACGCUUUUGGUCAAGAUCCGUCAGGCAAGUCAGUGAUCUGGGCUGGUGGCAAGGCGGGUUGGUACGAGAUCGUCCCCUCUACCAAAUACACAGCAAUAUACGAAGAAAUAGUCAAGGCGAUCGACCUGAUAUACUUUUUGAGCGAUACCCAUCAGACAUUCGCCUCCAGACGACCAAUACGGGGAGCAAAAGUUGAAGAGCUACUGGUCCUGUACCAGCAGCACACAGAUUAUCGAGUCGAUGACAAUGCUGAAGCCGAAGCCAUUUUCGAAAAGUACCACUCGUUCUUGAUUAGACAAAUGUUGGAAGGCUGGGAGGGCAUCAAUUGGGCGCGGACUCAUCUCUGGAGCUACUUUUCGAGGUUGUACCCAGACGAGGUUGCUCAUGACCCGGUGACAGAAUCUGAAGAGGAUGAAGAGCAGAACGAGAAUCCCUCGACUUCGGAAGAUGAGCAACUGGGGUCUCCUCCUUUCUCGAGUAAUGACGAAGACCACGAAAAGGGUUGGGCUGAUGCAAUCUUUAAGGAGAUAAUGCAUUUAAAAGCAGAUGGGCACAUGUGUAAAAGACAUUGCAGCGUCGAUGGGAUUGCCAAGAUUCUCGUCAAACAAUACAACGUGGGCUCGAAAAAUGAAGCAAGUGGCAUUAUCAAAGAUGCUGCUCAAUCGCUGCUCAGGCGCCUGGAUGCUGAUCCUGAUCAGGGCAGGAAUAGAACUUGGAGCACAAAAGUGCUUUACCGACAAUUGCGAAGAUUAGUCAAUAGCGAGCAGGAGCUGCAGGACGAUGAAAUUACAAGUGAUAUUGUUACACCUGCCAAAGCACCUGCCAGUCGCCAUCAUCAGAAAUCCAUCCUCAGACUUUCAACUGGCGCCGGAAAAGGGAAAAAAAGGAUGCUGAAAGCUCAGAACCCUCCAGAGGACGAUGAUGAAGAGGAUGGCAAUGAUGAAGAAGCAUUGCAUUCUCCACUAGUCACAGAGACACCGACGAAAAAGAGGAGGCUAGGCUCGGACUUAAGUAAUUCUCUGGGACGACAGCCCACCGACGCGAGCACGAUGCCCACCAUCGUGAAUGGUCUGGCAUCUAAUUUUCAAUCGGAACAGCUUGAUUUGAUCAGAAAAGAGAGUCUCGCGAACGGUCGCUUGCACGUCAACCAUUUGGAGGCACUUGUGGAAGGUUUUAUGCAGGGGCGAAAUUGA